AUGGAAAGCGACCCUGUCAAGCUUAAAAAGAUGCUACGGGAUGACUUCCGCCAAAACCCUACAGAUGUUGUGGUGGCAGCUGGAGAGCCUGCCAUACUGGAGUGCCAGCCACCUCGAGGACACCCCGAGCCUACCAUCUACUGGAAGAAAGAUAAAGUCCGCAUCGAUGACCGGGAGGAGCGGAUCAGUAUCCGUGGUGGGAAGCUGAUGAUCUCCAAUACGAGGAAAAGCGACGCGGGCAUGUACACCUGCGUCGGGACGAACAUGGUGGGGGAGCGUGACAGCGAUCCCGCGGAGCUGACCGUCUUCGAGCGGCCCACGUUUCUCAGGCGACCGAUUAACCAAGUGGUGCUGGAGGAGGAGGCCGUGGAUUUCCGGUGCCAGGUGCAGGGGGAUCCCACGCCCACAGUCCGGUGGAAGAAGGAUGAUGCAGAUUUACCGAGAGGAAGGUAUGACAUCAAAGACGACUACACCCUGCGCAUCAAGAAAGCCAUGAGCACGGACGAAGGAACCUACACCUGCAUUGCUGAGAACAGAGUCGGAAAAGUGGAAGCCUCUGCUACCCUCACUGUGCGAGCUCGCCCCGUUGCUCCCCCACAGUUUGUGGUGAGACCACGAGACCAGAUUGUAGCCCAGGGUCGAACAGUGACUUUUCCUUGUGAAACUAAAGGAAAUCCCCAGCCAGCUGUUUUCUGGCAAAAAGAAGGAAGUCAGAAUCUGCUCUUCCCAAACCAGCCUCUCCAGCCCAACAGCAGAUACUCUGUGUCACCGACCGGAGACCUCACCAUUACCAACAUCCAGCGGUCGGAUGCAGGGUACUACAUUUGUCAAGCACUGACGGUUGCUGGAAGCAUUUUAGCAAAGGCUCAGCUGGAGGUUACUGAUGUCUUGACAGAUAGGCCUCCACCCAUCAUCCUCCAGGGACCCAUCAACCAGACACUGGCAGUGGAUGGCACGGCUUUGCUCAAGUGCAAGGCCACGGGUGACCCCCUUCCUGUCAUCAGCUGGUUGAAAGAAGGAUUCACCUUCCUGGGCCGAGACCCUCGGACGUCCAUACAGGACCAAGGGACGCUUCAGAUUAAAGCGCUGCGGCUGUCCGAUACUGGGACUUACACUUGCGUGGCUACAAGUUCCAGUGGGGAGACGUCUUGGAGUGCUGUGCUGGAAGUGACAGAAUCUGGUGGAGCAGCAGUCAGUAAAAAUUAUGAUAUAAAUGACCUCCCUGGGCCACCAUCCAAACCUCAGGUCACUGAUGUCACUAAGAACAGUGUCACCCUGUCCUGGCAGCCAGGGACCCCUGGAAGCCUCCCAGCCACUGCAUAUAUCAUUGAGGCUUUUAGUCAGUCUGUGAGCAACAGUUGGCAGACAGUGGCAAACCACGUGAAGAGCACCCUGUACACUGUGAGGGGCCUGCGCCCCAACACCAUCUACCUGUUCAUGGUGAGAGCCAUCAACUCACAGGGCCUGAGUGAUCCCAGCCCUAUGUCAGAUCCUGUCAGAACACAAGAUAUCAGCCCACCAGCACAAGGUGUGGAUCACAGGCAAGUCCAGAAAGAACUGGGAGACGUCAUUGUACGGCUGCACAAUCCUGUUGUGCUGACCCCCACGACAGUUCAAGUCACCUGGACGGUUGACCGGCAGUCCCAGUUUAUUCAGGGCUACAGAGUGAUGUACCGCCAAACGUCUGGCCUGCCUUCCCCAGCUGUGUGGCAGAAUUUGGAGGUCAAAGUCCCCACUGAGCGCAGCGCUGUCCUUGUCAGCCUGAAAAAGGGGGUCACUUACGAAAUUAAGGUUCGCCCUUAUUUCAAUGAGUUCCAAGGAAUGGACAGCGAAUCAAAGUCCGCUCGUACCACAGAGGAAGCUCCAAGUGCCCCUCCUCAGUCUGUUACUGUCCUGACAGUUGGAAGCCACAACAGCACGAGCAUCAGCAUCUCCUGGGAUCCACCCCCUCCAGAUCACCAAAAUGGAGUCAUCCAGGAGUAUAAGAUCUGGUGCCUAGGUAAUGAGACUCGAUUUCAUGUCAACAAAACAGUAGAUGCAGCCAUUCGGUCUGUAGUAAUAGGUGGCCUAUAUCCAGGUAUCCAGUACCGCGUGGAAGUUGCUGCAAGCACCAGUGCAGGUGUGGGAGUAAAAAGUGAGCCACAACCCAUAAUAAUUGGAGGUCGUAAUGAAGUCGUCAUCACCGAAAAUAACAACAGCAUAACUGAGCAAAUCACUGAUGUUGUCAAACAGCCUGCCUUUAUAGCUGGCAUCGGUGGCGCAUGUUGGGUGAUUCUGAUGGGUUUCAGCAUCUGGCUGUACUGGCGAAGAAAGAAGAGGAAGGGGCUCAGCAAUUAUGCUGUUCAGUCCUUCACCUUCACCCCUGCAGUCACUUUCCAAAGAGGAGAUGGAGGACUAAUGAGCAAUGGAAGUCGACCAGGUCUGUUGAAUGCAAGUGACCCCAGUUAUCCUUGGCUUGCAGACUCCUGGCCUGCCACAAGUCUGCCAGUAAACAACAGCACUAGUGGACCCAAUGAUCUUGGCAAUUUUGGUCGUGGAGAUGUGCUGCCACCAGUGCCAGGGCAAGGAGAUAAAACCGCUACUAUGCUUUCUGAUGGAGCCAUUUACAGCAGCAUCGACUUCACCACGAAAACUAGUUACAACAGUUCCAGCCAAAUAACGCAAGCCACACCAUAUGCCACCACCCAGAUACUGCAUUCCAACAGCAUCCAUGAGUUGGCUGUCGAUUUACCUGAUCCUCAGUGGAAAAGCUCAAUUCAGCAAAAGAAUGACCUGAUGGGAUUUGGUUACUCUCUCCCAGACCAAGGCAAAGGCAACAAUGCCUUGCUUUACAUCCCUGACUACCGGGUGGCUGAGGGACUGGCUAAUAGAUUGCCACACAACCAGUCACAGGAUUUCAGCACCACCAGCUCCCACAACAGCUCCGAAAGGAGUGGCAGCCUCUCAGGUGGCAAAGGAGGGAAAAAGAAGAAAAACAAAAAUACUGCCAAACCCCAGAAAAGUAAUGGGUCGAACUGGGCCAGUGUUCCCCUCCCACCCCCUCCUGUGCAGCCACUUCCAGGCACAGAGCUGGAACACUAUGGGGUGGAUCAGCAAGAAGCAGGAUAUGACAGUGAUGGUUGGUGUCCGCCUUUGCCAGUUCAGACCUACCUACAUCAGGGCAUGGAGGAUGAGCUUGAAGAAGAUGAUGAUCGUGUUCCCACACCUCCUGUCCGAGGAGUAGCUUCAUCACCUGCCAUCUCCUUUGGGCAACAGUCGACUGCAACCCUCACGCCUUCCCCACGAGAGGAGAUGCAGCCAAUGCUUCAGGCUCACCUUGAUGAAUUAACAAGGGCUUACCAGUUUGAUAUAGCAAAGCAGACAUGGCACAUCCAAAGCAAUACACAACCUCCUCAGGCUCCCGUUCCACCCCUAGGAUAUGUAUCUGGAAACCUUAUUUCAGAUUUGGAAACAGAUGUUCCAGAUGAGGAUGACGAUGAGGAUGAUAUUGAAGAAGAAACUGUAGAAAUCAGUAGGCCACUAAGAGGUCUAGAGCAUACUCCAGGCUCCAGUAUGGACAAUCUAGACAGCUCUGUGACAGGUUCAAUGGUAAAUGGAUGGGGUUCUGCGUCUGAUGAGGACCGUAACUUUUCUAGUCAUAGAUCUAGUGUAGGUAGCUCCUCAGAUGACUCGAUCUUUACCAGCGGCAGUUUUGCACAAGCACUGGUUGCAGCAGCAGAUAAAGCUGGUUUUAGGCUGGAUGGAACUAGCCUGACGAGAACAGGCAAAGCAUAUUCUUCCUCUCAGAGACCUCGGCCGAGCAGUCCUUUUUCUACUGACAGCAACACCAGUGCAGCUGUCAAUCAGGGUCAGAGGCCGAGGCCCACCAAAAAACACAAGGGAGGACGGUUGGACCAGCCCCCUUUGCCUCAUCGUAGGGAGGGAAUCACAGACGAUCUUCCACCACCACCCGACCCGCCCCCCGGUCAGGGUUUAAGGCAGCCCAUAGUCCCCGGCCAGCGCGGAGGCUCGGCAGAGAGGAAAGGAAGCUCUCUUGAGAGGCAGCAUGCACCGAACCUAGAUGAGACAAAGAGCUCCCUGGACCGGCAAGCUAGGACAUCUCUAGAGUGGCAGCGGCAAACCCAGGAGUGGAUAAGCUCUACAGACCGCCAAGAGGAUUUCAGGAAAGCCCAACACAAACAAGCCUUCGGAUCAGAAGAGGCGCUCGUACCGUAUAGUAAACCCAACUUCCCAUCCCCUGGUGGCCACAGCUCUUCAGGAACAUCUUCUUCUAAAGGAUCGACUGGACCUAGAAAAGAGUAGUUGAGAAGACACAUUGCAAGCUGCUCUGAUGGACCAUCAGGUCUGAACUCAUGGAAGUGAUGACACUAAACAGUGCAAUGAACAUUUUCUUUAUUUAUGUACUAUUAAAAGAACUGUAAAUGCAAUGUAAAGACACACAGCCACACAUAUCCCACAGAUUCUUUACUUGUGUUCUUCUCUUUAAUACACCAUCCACCUUAAACUAUUCCUUGUCAGGAGUAUAUAAAAAAAGAAAGAAAAAAAAAAUCACCCUCCAGGAUGAAAAGGAUUUCCUUCUGUAUAUAAUUUCUUUUGUUGCAUUGCUAUGCAAGCUCACCUUCUUUUUAGCUAUGUUCAUAUUCAUGUCUGUUUUUACUGGUCUGUUGUACUAUAUGUGAAUUAAUAGGCUGUGGUGCCAUAUAUUAACUUUUAAUUGUGUAACUUUUAUGUUUAAAGUUUGCACUGCAAUUUUAUUUGGUGAUAAGCACAAAACUCUACUCCUCAUGACAUGAAGAAAAAAAGAGACUGAAUGUGUGGAGAAGGUUUACGUCCUGUAAGCUACUUUGGAUAACGCUGGAUGUAAAGGAGUACGUUAGGUGGUUUUCCAUUGGGGUGUAGAAAUGAGAAAGUGACAGGCAAAACUGAUGUCAGUGAAGACAUUAGAGACAGAUUUAAAUCUUUUAAAAGCAAGCAACAUGGUUGCUCUUCCUAUUUAAGAAGGGGUCAGAAGUUGGAAGUGUGAGAUUAAAGGGCGAAUAUGAAAAUUAAAGGUAGCAUGAGAUGGCCUGGACCCUUUCACUAGAAUGAUGCCCUUAGUACCUGUUUUUAGCCAUCUCAUGCCACUAAGUAAAGGGGAAGAAAAACAAACCUUUCUACAAACAAAAGAACUUAAGGUGUUUCACUAAAGCUGUUUUUAUAUUGCAGUUUUAAAAGAAUUAUUACCGUUAAUUUCUCCAGCCCAAAAUGUAAGACAGAGAUUUUCCAGGAGAAAAAAAAAAAACCAAUAUAAACUCAAGGAAUACCUACCAAGAAGUUAAGAAUGCAAUUUAUUAUUAAGACAUAUUCAGGCUGCUUCCAAAAAAAUUGAAAUGUCAGAGUAUCUUAUUUCAUCUUUGCAAUACAUGUACAGUAGAAUAGAAGAUAGAGCUGCACCACUGAAAUUCAUGACAUUAAUUGUUUUGAUGCAGUCUACACAACCCUUUCUGUUCUGUUACUUGAAGUCUGCAAGAGUGGAAGUUGGAUCCACUAAAUUUGUAGUAAAGUGUUUAGUGUUUGGAAGGAAAGCAACGGUCAAACUAUUUUCGACUUGCAUUAAAUCUAUUUCUGGCAAUACAAUACAUCCAAAAGUUGGAUACAAGCAAAGAAAAUCUUUGACCUGUGUUUUAGUGAGUGGCUUCAAACCCUACUAUGAUGAGGACAUAACACAUGUUUAUACACUUUUUGAAUAAACCAGACUCUGUAAGUGGACAUUAAUGACAGCAUCCUGUCUAUUCAUUAAUUUUCAUGACUUUGUCCAAAUCUUCUGUACUUCUCAAAUCUCAGUGAGUAAAUUGUCAAGCUUUUCUUAGAAUAUGUGGAUAGCCCACCCAUUACUUUGAUGCUUAAUUUAAAUAUUAAAUCUUACAGCUUAUUUCUGUUAGUUAUCUGACCAUGAACACGUUUCCAUUGAAUACCUUUUUCAUAUAACCAGUCUAUGUUGUUUUAUAUAUUGCCUUGGAGCUCACCAGUAUUAAGAACACUUUUAGUAAUGGCAGAAUUUUAGAAAAGUAAAUUAAAAUGCUAAAUAUGUGUUGCUUUUCAUUUCAUUAACUUGUUCCAUGAUAAGAUAAAACACUACAGCCAUCAACUAUAACUCAGCACUACUGAGUAUUUAAAAAAAGCUAGUUAACUUCCUUAAGUCAAGAUGUGUUAUUCAGCAGGUUACAAACAAAAAAACUUGAGAAAAAAAAAUGGAAUAAUUUAUUUAUAUAUGUGAUCAAUGAUUAUAUGUCAUUUUCCUGCUUGUUAAAACACUACAGUUAAAAACAUGCUUAAAAAUGUUCAAGUAAGAUAAAGAGUGCAUCAUAAUUACAUAUAUUUGGUUUUAUUUUGAUAUUUUCAUAUAAAGAGAUGACUAUUCAGAGUACAAUUCAAAUUUAAUUCUCUGGAAAAUGUUUAACUCAGUCACAGAUUGAUUUUUUUUUCCUUUUAAUUCAAAAGCUUGUGCUGAGCUUUGGUGGAACACCUUACUCAUUAUAUUCUAUUCAAAAUUCAGUAUCAUUAGAGGUUGAUAAAGCCAUCCCAAUUACUUUCAAAUAUGUGUUUUAUCUCUUCCACUGGAAAGUAAAUGUGUGUCAGUAUUAAAACUGUGCAGUACCAUGAUAUUCACUAACUUGUCCAUCUGCUUCUGUACAUUUUUGUUCAUUAAUAAUUUGCUUACAAUAUUACAUAAGGUGUUGUUGUGUAUGGCAAAGUGUCUCCAUUAUCUUACAGGUGAUGUCUCUUCUUUUUUUUUUCUCUCUCUCUUUUCUAUACAGUGUACUUCCAAUGAACCACAGUACAUAUUUUUUAAAAUGCCAUUUAAUUUACUAUUUUAAAAGAAGUAUUCUUCUCUUUUUAAAAAAAAAAUGAAAACAUUUAUUGUGAAUAAUGUGUUUAAAGAAGAGGGAUGUUGUGGCAGCACUUAGAAUUGUUUUUUAAUUUGUUUUUUU